AUGAGAAAAGCUCUAUGUUUAACAGAGAGCUUGUCAGCCAUAGCCGAAAACUCAUUGCUCAAUAUCAACCGCCGACUGACAGGUCUCACUCGCUCCGGCGAGAACAGAAACGCUCUCAAGCUCUUCGCCGAUGUUCACCGCUGCACAACUCUGAGACCAGAUCAGUACAGCGUCUCGUCUGCUAUUAUGGCCGCUGGGAACCUCCGUGAUUCCGUCUUCGGUGGCCAGCUACAUUGCUACGCGAUUCGCUCGGGUAUAUUGUGUCACUCUCACGUCUCCAAUACGCUUCUCUCGCUCUACGCGAGAUCAGGGAACUUAGUUUCGUUGAAGAAUAACUUCCAAGAGAUAAAGGUACCUGAUGUUUAUUCAUGGACGACGCUUCUGAGUGCAAGUUUCAAGCUUGGUGAUAUAGAGUAUGCAUUUGAGGUGUUUGAUGAAAUGCGUGAUAGAGAUGAUGUUGCGGUUUGGAAUGCUAUGAUCACUGGUUGUAAAGAAAGUGGCUAUCGCGGAACGGGUAUCGAAUUGUUUCGAGAAAUGCACAAGCUUGGUGUCCGACAUGACAAGUUUGGAUUCGCUACUGUUUUGAGUAUGUGCUCUUUGGAUUUCGGUGAGCAGGUGCACUCGCUGGUUGUAAAAGCUGGGUUUUUGGUUGCAUCAUCUGUUGUUAACGCCCUCAUCACGAUGUAUUUCAAUAGCAAGAUCGCUGUUAGUGCCCGGCUUGUGUUUGAAGAAGCUGAUGUUGCUGUUCGUGAUCAGGUCACUUUCAACGUGGUGAUUGAUGGUUUGGCUAGUUUCAAAAGAGAAGAGCCUUUAUUGGUUUUUAGGCAAAUGCUAGAAGCUGGCCUUAGACCAACCGAUCUGACAUUUGUUAGUGUUAUGAGUUCGUGUUCAUGUGCGGCUAUGGGAGGCCAAGUACAUGGAGUAGCAAUCAAGACAGGGUAUGAAGAGUAUACGUUGGUCAGCAACUCCACUAUGGCAAUGUACUCUUCGUUGGAGGAUUUUGUUGCGGUUUGUAAGGUUUUCGAAUCGUUGAAAGAGAAAGAUUUGGUUACUUGGAAUACAAUGAUCUCUGGUUAUAACCAAGCGAAAUUGGGCGAGUCUGCGACGUCGGUAUACAAGAGUAUGCAAAGAAUGGGAGUUAAACCGGACGAGUUUACUUUCGGAAGUCUUUUAGCAAGCUCUCUAGAUUUAGAUGCCUUGGAGAUGGUUCAAGUGUGUGUAAUCAAACUCGGGCUUAGCUCAAAGACCGAAAUUUCCAACGCGUUGGUAUCUGCCUACUCCAAGCACGGAGAGAUGGCGAAAGCGGACCUAAUAUUCGAAAGAUCUAUGAAGAAGAACCUAGUUUCUUGGAAUGCUAUCAUCUCAGGGUUUCACCGUAACGGGUUUCCCUUUGAAGGUUUGAAAAGAUUCUCUAGCUUGGUAGAGUCAGAGGUCCCUGAUGCUUACACUCUUACCACACUUUUGAGCAUUUGCGUAAACAUUUCGUCUUUGAUGAUCGGGAAGCAGGCUCACGCUUAUGCCUUGAGACACGGGCAAGUCAACGAGACAUUGAUAGGUAAUGCCCUCAUAAACAUGUACUCUCAAUGCGGGACUACACAAAAGUCUGUUGAAGUGUUCAACCAAAUGUCUGAAAAAGACGUUGUGUCAUGGAACUCUCUAAUCUCUGGAUACGCGAGACACGGGGAAGGAGAGAAGGCGGUUCUUACCUACAAGACGAUGCAAGAUGAAGGAAAAAUGGAUCCCGAUGCAGCCACGUUCACAGCGGUUCUCUCUGCUUGCAGCCACGCCGGUUUAGUCAAAGAGGGACUUGAGAUCUUUAGCUCAGUAGUGGUACCGAGUGUGGAUCACUUUUCGUGUUUAGUAGACCUUCUUGGUCGAGCGGGUUACCUCGAUGAAGCGGGAAGCUUGGUGGAGAUGAGCGAGAAGAGCAUCGGGUCAAGAGUAGAUGUGUUGUGGGCUUUGUUUAGUGCUUGUGCUGCUCAUGGAGAUUUGAAGUUGGGGAAGAUGGUCGCUAGGUUACUAAUGGAGCGAGAGAAGAAUGAUCCAUCGGUUUAUGUUCAACUGUCGAACAUCUACGCAGGGGCUGGUUUGUGGAAAGAAGCAGAAGAGACGAGAGAAGCCAUGAAUAUGAUUGGAGCUAUGAAGCAACGAGGUUGCAGCUGGAUGAGAUUCUGA